GCCGCCCGGCCCGCCGCCGCCAUGAGCGGCCCGCAGCCGGGAUUUCUUGCAACCUACAAUAGCCUUACAGACAAACACCUGGUUGGAUAUUUCAGCAAUACCAGGAUAAGACGACAUCUUCAGAGAUCAGGACUGAUCUCAAGGAGUGGAAGAAUAAUAUCUGAGAAAGAAUACCGGCUAAAUGCUAUGAGGAGGGAUCACCAAAGAUAUGUACAGGAGUGCCUGGCUCGCGCCAUAUUUCAUAAGGUCCUUGACAUGGAGCGUCAUCAUCAGCUGGAAAUAAAAAGGAAACUUGAAAAUUCUGUGAGGAAGGAGACGGUGCAGAAAAUCAAGGUGGAGCAAUCCAGAAGAUCAGUGGAAGGUGCUAGCCCUAUGCGCGCCCCACAUCCACCACUUGGUCCAAGAAAUCAUUAUGGGCUCCAUCCUUCAGUGGCUGGAGAACCAGCUAGUCACUCACAACUGAGGGCACCCGGACCUGUAGUUGAUUACAGUGGUGGACAUCAACACCGAUCCAAGGAGCCUGCCUUUUCUAAGAUGACUUCCUGGCGACCAAAUACAGCUCCGGGAAAUAUGCAACACCCGCUUCGCCUCCAACCGCUUCGCAGCUGUGCUGCAGUAGGGUCUGUACCAAAGACUUCCAGCUCUAAACAGAAGUGCCACGCACUUGAACAGGAUCAGCAGUUUGCCAGUGGGGGGGAGAGGAGUGGGUUAAGACUUAUGAAUUCAAUGGAAUAUGUGACUGGUGUAUCCCCGUAUCAGCUCCCUGUCAUUAGCAAUUACGUGAUACCAGUGCCACCUCCCCCCCUGCAAAAAGGAGACAAGAGCAUAAAUGCAGUGAGAAAUGGAAUGCCCAGAGGCAGACGAUUUCGUCCCACCACUGCACCAAAUGACGUAGAGCAACUUUUAACAAAGAAUUCUGGAGGAUUCCCUAAGCCCUCAUUACGCAGCAAUGCAUUUGUUACCAUGGUCUUUCUAGGAAAAAGCGUGCAUUUAUCUCACGAUGAUGCUGAUUACAGAGAUGAAAUCAAAGUCUAUCAGCAGCAUUGUGGAGGAGAAAACCUUUGUGUCUACAAAGGCAAGCUAUUGGAAGGAGAGACUUUUCAGUUCGUCUCAAAGAGGCACCAUGGUUUCCCAUUCAGCCUCACCUUUUUUCUCAAUGGGAUGCAAGUGGACAGGUUGAGCUGUUGCUGUGAAUACAAACAUCAGAAGCGUUCCAGGCUGGGAGGCAGACAUGGAUACUUCGGGUUUCUCAAUGUGGAGGGAGCAUCUCCUUGCUACAGGUGCAUUAUUGCAAUGGGUCUGGACAAAAAGCCAUCCCCUCCCAAGAGAAAGAUGGAGGAGGACCAUGAGGAAAAGCGUGGGGGUUCCUGGGGAGAUGGAGUGCGCAGUGAGCCAAGUAAAAGCAGUGUUGAGCAGAAAUCAAGCAAAGAUUCAGUGUUAGUCAUCUUACCAGGUCAUGAAGCAAGUGUGGAAACUAUUGAGGACAAAAUGGAGACCGCACAGGAGUACAGAAAAGAAGAAAGGAAAAAACUAUCUGAUCGUGAGAGUCAAGAUAGUCAGGAAGACACCAGUAAAAAUGAGUACGAUGAAGGUUUUGAAGCAGAUGAAGUUAAUGAAGAGGGACAGACUGGUGAUCAAAUGAAUGGAAUGUCAAAGUCAUCCUCAGGUGAUAAAAAACAUAAUUUAGACUAUGAAAAGGAGAGUAAAACCUCAUCACAGAAGGCACUGCAGGCCUCUGACAGUGAGAGAGAUGAAAGUGAUGGAUAUUCUGACAGUGACUCUGAGUAUGAUAAACAAGUCACUGAAAUACAGCCAAAUCCACUGGCAGUGUAAGCGUGUGCCAGCUCACAGCAGACUUUGCUGAACUGUUUAGUUGCAGAAAUGGAGCCAGUCAGCAAAUUAGCUCUAAACACUUGGGCAGAUCAGCACUUCAUUGGAACCCAAACUGAUGGGAGGCCUGCACACUCUCUCUCAUCCAUCAGUACUCAGGAUAGCAGUGAAGAUGACUCUCAUGCUGAAACGAUGAAAGACAAUGUUAAGGGCAAAGAGGAGUGUAAUAUCAAAAGGGCAUCUGAUAACGCAGCAAAUGCACAAUAUGGAAAUGAGAACGGGGAGAAUAAACUGCUCAGAAUGGAGGAAAAUCAGGAAGCUUUUGCACUGGAAAAGGAAGGAACAGAUGAAGCAGAAAAGGCAAAACCAGAAGAUCUAACAGCAAGGGAAGAUACUGGAAUUUUUCGGGAAAAUAUAAUGGCAGUACAGCAUCAAAGUCCUGAAGUUAAUGGGGAACUCAAACAGGCUGGGUCAGCAGAAAGUAACACAGGGGAAGAUGGGGAGAAGAAUGCAAGUACCAGGAGGGAUGGUGGGGAGGAAAGUUGUCUAGUGCCUUUGGAAAGCAAUAUGACGGAAGUAGAGGAUAGCAACAAAGAGUCUCCUCAGAGUGACGAAGGAGGUGUUUUUGAAGAUUGCAAACCAGUCCAGGUGGAAAUAGCAAAGGCAAUUGGAAAUGAUCAUCACGUGAAUUCUGAACCUGAACCUAGUGAUUCCCAUGCCGAAGAGAAAGAAGAGAACGUAACAAGUACAGAGCAUGAUGCCAAUGAAGCCCAACGCAAGACCUCACUUUACAGAAGGGAAUACUUUGUAAGCAGCAGCCAGAGUAAAUUAACUCCUCUCUCUGCUAAUGAACCAGCACCAGAUGGAGCUUUCUUGGCAGAAGCAACAAGAACACUUGACGUGCAGAAGGCAGCAGAACAAGUGGUACGAGAAGGGCAGAUGGUAGGGGAGAGACAAGCACUUGAGAAGGAAGAUUUUGUUGCUGAGGGAGGAGAUACUUGCACCGAAGAGGCAGGAGAAGAAAUGGCACGGGCGGGGGAUUUGCUGCCCAAGGAAGACACAGUGGCUGUGCUGCCGGCGGAGGGUCAGCUUGCGGUGGAGGAAUCUGCACCUGAGGAGAGCACCAUGGCAGAUGAAGAUCCCAAAGGAAAGGGGACAGGGAAGGGAAUGGAGUCUGGCGCAGAGGUGGCACCCGGGGAGCAGGACGUUCUGAUGGAGGGGACAGAGAGCGAGGCAGCGCUGGGAGAGCAGGCACCUGGGGGAGAGGAGCUGGCAGGGGCACUGCUGGGCAGGGAGGCAGACGGAGCAGUGUCCGAGGGGCAGGCGGCGGCUGGGGAGCUCUCUGAGGGGGGAGAGGCUGCGGAGGAGGCCUCUGAGGCAAUGGAGGCUGUGGGAGCGACAGGGCCUCCGGUGAGGGAGGUGGUGGGUGAGACGGUGUCUGAGGCAGAGGAGGCCGUGGAGGAGGGAGGUUUUGCAGGGAAGGGCGUUGUGGCGGGUGCUCUGUCUGAGGGAGAGGAGGCUGUGGAGGAUGCCAACUUGGCAGAAGAAGGGAUUGCCAGGGUGGUUGGCCCUGAAGGAGAAGAGUCUGUAGAGGAAGCCAUUUCUGAAGGGAAGGAGGCUGUGGAGAAGCCUGGGGCUCUCCUGGAAACAUUAGGGGAUACGAACGUUGGCACAGGAGAAGCAAUGCCUGGAGGAGAAGACUUUGUAAAGCCAAAUGAGUUUUCCCAGCUGAAAGCAUCAGGGGAAGAGUGCAUGGAGAUGGGGAAAGCUGCCGUAGGAGCAGCAACAUCUGAGACUGGCAAGGUGUCAGAGGUAGAAGGGAGCUCUCUCCUGAGAGCAGAGGACGCAGUGGAGGAGUCUGUGGAGCCUGGCAAGGGUCCCGUGUUGCAAGUAGCGCCUGGAUUAGAGGCACUGGUGGGUGCUGGAGGGGAUCCCGUAAGUGAAGGGUCAUCUCAGUUGGAGGAGACCACAACAGCGGAGGAGGAGGAGGAGGGCUCAGCAGAAGCACUUUCAAGUGGAAACCCAUCUCUAGGCAGCAAAGCAAAUACAGAGAGUGCAGUGGAAGAAGAACUUGAUGGAGAGGUGAUGGGAGUAUCUGCAGAGAUAGCCAGAGCAGAGGCAGGAGGGAGAGAGGAGGUCACGGGUGGAGCAGCAGGUCCAAGGCAGCUGGCAUCUGGGAUGGAGGGAUCGCUGGAGUGUGCUAAAGAGAGAGGGAAGGAGAGGCCUCCUGGUGAGGGGGUGGCGGAUGAAGCAGCGCUGCCUGCCCCGGGGCUGUGUCCGCAGCUGGCAGCUCCCGGGACAGGGGCAGUGGGGGGCGAGGACGGGCCGCAGGAGGGGACAGAGCAGGCAGGAGUGAAAGCCGAGGGAGAACAGCCAGGCCUCUGUGAAAACACGAGAGAGAGAGAGGUGGCGGGUGUCUCGGAGAGUGCAGGGAGCGCGUCUGGGAUCAGGGAGCAGAGGAAGGACAGUCCCGUUGGAGGGAGCCUGGACGCCCCGGGAGCCGCUGUCGAGGGCGAGAGGAGCUGCGGUCCCCGUGAGGAUGUUGUAAACCCAGACGCAGUUGUCGUGCCCUCAGUACAGCCUCAGGAUGGGGAAGAAACUCUCCUCUAAGCUUUUUCUGCAGCUUCUUCAGUGCUGUGUCCUGCAACAUUUACACAAAUCGCUGUAGAUUUGUGCUGGUUGGGAUGUUCACUCCUUUAUUUUACUCGAUGAGUACCACAACCAUCUGUCACGUUUUACUAGAGCAGCUUCUCAGUGUGCAGCAGACAACUGAAAUAAGCCUGUAUAUGCUAGCCCAGGAAACAGCACUCCUUCGUAAUUAUGAAGACAAUAAUUGCAAGGAUUGUUCCACAGCUGUCAUGCUUGUUUUUCCCAAAACACAGAGAAAUAUUGGACUGGCUGAACCUCCCCUCCUCCCCCAGGCACCGCUUGCUUCUGCUGGCUGCGGGGAGGGAGGAAGGGCUGAGGGCAGAUGUGCUGUACGUGUUUCCGUAGGACAAGGAGUUUGUCUGUACAGAGUGCCCAUGUUUGACUGUAUCUGUGUCCGUGUACUGACUGCAUUUUUCUGUGUGUUAUUUGCCUUUCUGAAAUGCAGACUCUUCACUGUGAGUCGGGGCCGUGUCUUCAUUGCUGUGCAUGGGGCACUUGCGCACAUUAAUGCUUUGAUUCUGAUAAGAGCGUCUGGGGGCGUUCAGCAGAGGUGUGGAAC